UCACUUCUAAAAGAGAACAAAAUGAAUUGUAAAAACACAAACAAAUCAAUUUGGAGUUUAGUUUCCGGUUCCGUACUGCAAACCAACCCUGGAGUUUUAGAAACAGAGUUAAAAAGUUGGAAACCUGUUCUAGCCGCAGGGUUAGCUACAUACAAACCUAAUACAGAGGAAUCUGUCAAAGUAUUUAACGCUGAAAAGACUGUGCCAGAGAGUUGGAAGAGGUUUGUGUGCAAGGUUGGACGAACUCUGAGUCUUGAUGAGAGUUUAUGUUGGGAUCUAAUCUGUUCCUACCUCUCUACAGAGUUCAGGGGAACACAGGACUCUCUUAAACUCCUUGUACAGGACGAACAGAAGAGAAAACCCCUUAUCCUGGAUAUUUGGCAGUUCUACCGAGCAGAACGAUUAUAUCUUCUACAAACUGUUAAACAUAUACUUUCAGCAGGGUCACAGGAGAAUGUGCUAGAUGUACUGGGAAGUGUAUUUGAGAAUAAUGAACAAACUCUAAAAAGUAUUGUUGCACAACUCAGCUCCGUUAUUAAGGAGAGAUCUCCUGUUAAAGAAGAACUAGGAACCAGUCUAGGAGGAACAUGCAGACAUGCCUGGCUACAUUUUCAUCUUAGAGAGAUUAUGGAGCUUCUCCAGAUUCUGCUGAUUGCUCUUCAUACCAGAGAAUUCCAGUUCUCUGAUGUACAAACCAUUACACAGCUCUUUCUAGAGUUUGGGUUCGGAACUAAACUACAGUUCAGGAAUGAGUUGGAUGAUAAACAUAGUGAACUGGUUCGUAGUGUAGGAUAUCUUUCUGUUUCUAUCCUAGUAUACAUGAUACAAUUACCAUCUUCAAACCAUGUAUCAGAGCACAAUAUCUGGAGUAAACCUGAAAACGUAUCCACAGUGGAAAGACUGAUCUCCGGGAUAGGAAACCAUCCGUCCCACUCCCCUGCUCUCCUAGCUUGGGCCCUCACCAGCUAUAUCGCUAGGGGCGCCAAGGUGCUGAGCAAGUCCUCUAGGAUGGGUGAGGUGGCGAUCCAGAACCGUGUUCUUAAAACACUGGAGCUUAUUCUUGUUGCUGAUUUCAUGAAUCAUCCAUUAGUGGCAGAUAUCAUUCAUCGUCAGGUUUACAGACUUGUCUCAGAUUUGUUGACAGUAUUUGAUCCAACCAGCCUGGGUCUUCAGACAGAGAUAGAUGCAUUAGCAGUUCUACUACUCAAACACAGAUCUGUAGCUGGAGAUUUCUGGAAACUAGAUGAAGAUGCUGGACUAUCAUUAUACUUCCAGGAAACUCUGGCAAAUUUCCCCCGUGAUUUCCAGCCUCUUGUUGAAUGUAUGACCUCCCUGUCCUCCGCCUCUCCCAGCAGCUCCCAGAGGAUUGUUUCAACCCUCUCCAACCUCGAGGUCUAUACGGAGAGGGUUGACGAGAUAACUUCCAGGAUUGGUAGAACCAGGGAUGGGUGUUUAGAGCUACUAGAGGAUAGAUACCCAUAUGCAUUUACCAAAACUGUAUUUAUCCCUGCAAAUACUAAAGGAGAACUCACUGACAAUGGAAAUGUUAGAUGGAGAGUAAACGUAAACGGUUGGCAGAUUUUAUUGGCUGAAUGUGGAGAGUUGAGCGUACAGUUGUCUGCAGGGGAGGAGCAGGUGAGAGCUGAGUCCCUGAAGCGUGUGACUAAACUGUCUGGUCUAGUCUCAGCAAUCCUAACUUCGACUCCUAGUAUGCUUAGUAAACUAGAGGAUUUGACGUGUGUGCUGGGCCGCCUAUGUAUAGGAUUCUGUCAGGUCUCCCAUCCUCCCCUUCUUCUCCUAGCAGGGAUAACUAGAACCUUCUCAGCUAUUCUCAGGAUAGAUACACAUGCUUCUCAGGCGGUUGAGUUGUUGAAAUCAUCAGGCCUUCUUCCUCAUUUCAGUCUUUCUCAUUCUUUACUGGAGAAAUCAAGCUCUAGUUUAGUUCCAGGAGUAGUCGGAUUCCUUCUUGCAGGUGAGGAGACCGUUCGUGGAGAAUAUCCUCUUCUGUUGGCCUUCCUUAAUCUACUCAAAGAAGAAUUUGGUGAAUCGGAUAUCGAGGCUGGUAUCCUGUUCCUAUGCCGUGAGGUUCUGCCCAGCUUCUCCAACUGGAGAUAUCAGAUCCCAGGACAGAGGGAGCAGAUACUAGUACUCUGCCUUACUAUACUUCUCCAGUAUAUAAAUACUAAUCCUGCAGGUGCGAAUGUAAUAUCCCGAGAGAACGGUGUGUGUGGUUCUUUACUGCUUCUAGCAUCUACUGGAGAUAGAACCAUACAAGCACUACUAGAAAACCAGGAGUGCUGGGAGAGCGGACGUGGAACUGAUUUCUGUACUAUAGUCUACACCUCUCUUUGCAUACUUGACAGGUUACUUAAGAACUUUCCUGAAAACAUGCUAUCAGGCCCUGUUGGCAGGGCACUACGAGCUCCACCCUCUGGGCCCCAGCCACACCUUCUCCUAACCCUGGCACACUACUCCUACUUUUUCCAUGAUCCUAGUGUUGCUACUGCAGGGAUAUCCCUACUCCGGUAUAUUGCUGGAGCAGUGGCUAGAGCAAACAGUAAUAUCAGUAUGCUGGCCUGCCUGGGUAGUUCUGCAGUGUCUGUCAGAGAUCUUCUGCUCACCAGACUAGAGAGUCCUUUAGAGGAUAUUAGGUUGAAGAUAUCCAUAAUAGAUCUACUAAGUGAGUGUGUUAACUCUCAACCCGGGAUGGUUCAACUUCUCCUGGAUAUAAAUAUCCAUUUAUCAGUUGUUGAAGGGCUGGCUAGCAGUACAGAUUCCUCUAAGAUAGUGGGAGAGGGUUGCUUAUCUCCUGUACUAGAACUACUGGCGCAGUGUAAGGAUAAGACUGGAGAAAACUGGCAGAAGCUGCAUUUAUCAAUUCUCCGGUUGAUAUAUAACCUAUGGGAUAGUGGAAGUCUGUUAGCCACUAGAUUCUUGAAGGAUGCUCAGGGUUUCUGGGUCAACCUGUGUUGGCCGAUUUAUACAUCAGGACUCAACUCAGACCAACGAUUAAACAAGGUGAAAGGGUUUGUGCUAAGAAUACUGGCUCAUGAGAUCUAUACUUGGAAAGGGAAAGUUACAUCUGAACUUAGUAAGGUUUUGGAGAAGAUUUGUCAUGAGAAGACUGGAUGUUUAGAGAGCUGGUGCCAAGGCGAGGACCAACAAUCCAAAACAAAUGCUGAGAAGAGUUUGGUUGAGUUUGAGGCAGAACAUGAUGAAAUGUUCUUGAUUUCAUCUUGGAAAAUAUUUCUUCUGGUUCUAUCAAAGGAUUGUCCUGUGAGUAUAUCUCCUGCCUGCUGUAGGUUGACCUACCUGGCUACAGUACAGGAGCUGGUCAGAGUGCUCCAGCUGGAUCCUAUUCCAGCAAAUCUAUCCGUCCUACUUGCUGAGACUGGAGCAGUACUCAUGAAAAGAUGGAAUACAAAAUGUACAGAUAAUAUGGAAGCAUUGUGUAAACUUAUAUCAGGUUUGCUUGAUGUACUAUGCAGUGCCUGGAGCAGUUUACAUCCUAGAGCUCGUCAAUCCAUCCUUGCUAUAGCUCUUUCUACACUUAAAGCAUCCCAGUUCAAACUAGAAACUGAUCAGGAGGCUGGUAUACUAGUGAGCUGGAUGAACCCUGUUCUGCGUAUUCUCCGUCUUGUAUUCUCUGAUGUUGAAGAAUGUUUAGUUGCCAGGGAUAUUACAGCUGAGAAGUUGGUAACUCCGGAAUUAGUUUUAGCUCUACUACAAUCUCUCAUUACUAGAUUCGACGAGGAUAAAAUAUGGCUGUCAGAACUGCAUAGUGAAGCUACUCUACAGCUGCUACUAUCAGCUGCUGGAGGUUGCUGCCGACACAAAGCUGCUCCCUCCUUUGUACAACGAAUAUUAGAGCUGCUGGUUGAGAUCGCUGUGUCCAGGGGUGGAGCAGCUGCGCUGCUUAUUCACAAUCUAGCGCAGGAGAUAUGGUUGCCGCUCUCAGACGUAGCAGGUUUGGUAGAGUGGACUGGAGUAGGAUUAGUAGGACUGGAGCUAACUGGAACCCUGCUCCGGACUGCUAGAACACAAGCACUCCAGACUGCAAUAACUGCUACGGCGUUACUCUCAGACAAGCUUGUAGCAGACCUCAUGAAACCUAGAAGUGACUUGACCGGACUAGCUGGAGCAGCUAGUGCUGCUAGGUUUGUUGCUCUGCUCAGCAAGUAUAUUUCUACCUGGCGGUCUGAGCAUUCAGCCAGCCUUCAACUCAUUAUCAGAUGCUGCUGCAGUCUACUUCAUUACUCCACUGCCCUACUGAUGCGACCUACCCUACUCGCCUCCAUCUUGAAGGUAUCCUCUGGAGUAGGUAAUGAAGAGGAUACUCUACGAUGCAGACGAGUAUCUAGUGCUAGCUGUAGUGAAGUAGAGGUUGAGCUGGUUCCUCCUGAAGCUGCCAGCGCGCACGCUCACCUCACCGAUAUAUCCCUCUCCUGUCUCUCUCUACUCAUCUCUCUCUCACCGGAUCUCACCGGAUUACUGACCGGAGACGCCAUGUUGGAUCCGGACAGAUGGGAGAUCUUACUCUCCCUCUCCUUCUCCAGUCCUACCCUGGAGGAGGAGCAGACCGGUCUAAUGAGCUAUGGAACCCUGAUAGCUCUAGCUAACACCUGUGUACGGAGUUUAACCAGGGAUAGAUCUCCUUCUCCAGCCAGAUCUUCAACAGGCAGAUCUAAACUAUCAAUGGAUUAUCCAGAGGCGAAAGGCCUGAGUAUGGUUCUGGAGCGAAGUUUGGUGCUUCUACUCUCACAGUCUAUUCUUACUCUCUCUCAUUCACAAUUAUCACCUAGAGAAAACCAGCUACUUAGACGAGAGCUUGGAGCAGAGCUUGGAUCUAUAACUGAUACCUGGAGAAGGUUUCAAACCCGAGGAGGUAAAUCUCCAGGCCUACAUCGAGGCACACGAUCUCCUGCUCCUCCCUCCUCACCUCAACCAGGGGGCAAGCAGCAGGAGGACCAGUUCAUGCGCUUCCUGGCAAACCUCGUCGGAAACCUAUUCAAAUAAAAUAUUCCCAAAUUAUCAAUGACGCAUUUGUUGAAAUCAUGAUACAAUCUCUCAGUGCCUUAUUUUUCCA